AUUUGAAGUGGACGUAUCUUGCUAAGGUGAUGACAAACAACUUUCAUCGUUACCACAUCAAACAACCUUGACGUUUGAAGUGAUUAGAAUUUUAAGCAAAAUUUUAAUACUUUAGUAAAAAGCAAAUUAUGUGCUAAGAAAAAAAGAAUUGUUCAGUGUUGGUUCGGUUUCAUAACCAGCGCCUCGUUGAUCCAGGAUUGGAGGCAACAGGAUUGAAUAUGGGUGGAGGAAUUUAGCACCUCCAAAUACAUGGAUUGGAGGAAAAACCUAAGCUUUUAGGAUUGCAGCAGCCUAAGCAUCCGUGUUCGUAUUGGGAGCUUCCUAAAAAUGGUUCAGUUUCACGAGCACAUAAUAACGGAACUCCUGGAAGACCAAAACGGCGGCGGUUUAGUAGUCAUCUCCGCCGGCCUCGGCCUCCACAAACUCAUUUCUUCUCUCCUCCUCCUCCACCACUCUUCACAAGGCUCCCUCCUCAUCCUCUCCGCCUCUCCUUCCCAGAAACACUCCAUCGUCCUCAAUCUCGAGAUCGCCAUCCAACACCAAAGCUUUGUCCCCGCCGACACGAGUGGACUUCCUAUUUUGCCCUCCGAGAUUACCUCCGAUCUUCCCGCGCACCAGCGCCUCUCGCUUUAUACCUCGGGCGGAAUCUUCUUCAUCACCUCCCGCAUUCUCAUCGUCGACCUCCUUACUCACCGUUUACCCACUACCUCAGUCGCCGGAAUCAUCAUCCUCAACGCCCAUUCAAUCUCAGAUACCUCCACCGAAGCGUUUAUUGUUAGAAUUAUCCUUUCCGCAAACCGGUCACUCUAUAUUAGGGCCUUUUCGGACCGUCCACAUGCCAUGGUCUCUGGCUUUGCAAGGGCUGAGCGAACCUUAAAAUGCCUUUUCCUAAGAAAGCUUCAUCUUUGGCCUCGCUUCCAGGUAUAUGUUUCACAGGAUUUGGAGAAGGACCCUCCUGAGGUUGUGGACAUUAGAGUUCCAAUGUCCCCAUACAUGAUUGCCAUUCAAAAGGCAGUGCUUGAGGUUAUGGAUGCAUGUUUAAAGGAAAUGAGGAAGACUAAUAAAGUUGAUGUGGAGGACUUGACUGUGGAGAAUGGGCUCUUUAAAUCAUUUGAUGAGAUACUGCGAAGACAGUUGGACCCUAUUUGGCACACGUUAGGGAAGAAAACAAAGCAGCUUGUUUCAGAUUUGAAGACACUGAGAAAGUUGAUGGAUUACCUUGUUAGGUACGAUGCUGUAACUUAUUUGAAGUAUCUGGACUCGCUCAGAGCCUCGGAGAGUUUCCGAUCAGUUUGGAUAUUUGCAGAGUCUAGCUACAAGAUUUUUGAGUAUGCUAAGAAGCGAGUUUAUUGUUUUGGGAGAUCAGAUAGUGUACAUAUGGCAGGGCAGUGUCCGAGUACUACAACUAAGAGGAGAAAAACUGGCGAUGAGAAGGAUGGAGAUUCAUCAGCAAGUACUAGUAGCAGAGUAGUUUUGCAGGAAGUCUUGGAGGAAGAACCAAAAUGGAAGGUUUUGCGCGAUGUUCUUCUGGAGAUACAAGAGGAAAGAGAAAAGGAAGCUAUUAGUAGAGACGUACUAGCUUCUGAAGAUGAAGGGAUUGACAACAGUGUUGUUUUAGUUGCUUGCAGAGAUGAUCGCUCCUGCAUGCUGCUAGAGAGCUGUAUCAAAAACUGCCCUCAGAAGGUCAUGAGGAAAGAAUGGGAGAAUUAUCUACUAAGCAAAGUAGAGCUGCAGGCGUUACCCAAACAGAACAAAAAGAAACCAAAACAACCAAAAGGUUUUGGGGUACUUGACGGAGUUUUUCUAGCUGCUCCUGUCCAAAAGGCAGAAGUUAUUAGUAGUGUAUGUAAACAGGAACACGAUGCGCUACUAUCAAUGGCAUCCAAAAUUGGUAAGAAAGCUAAAAAGGGUACUGUUCAUGAAGAAAAUGCUUCAACUUCUAUGGAUAGUGGAAUGGGAAAAGUAAAGAAGAAGAAGACAGAAAUUGGUCAUACAAGUUCCUCUGCUGAUGAAACAUUGCUUCAGAAGGAAGGGAGAACCUUCGAUACCGAAUCGUUGAACCAGAGUAAACAGCUUCCACGUAUGCACUUUUAUGCACUCGAGAGCAAACAGCAUAUACUUGACAUAUUGAAGCCUUCUGUCAUUAUUGUAUACCAUCCUGAGAUUGCAUUUGUGAGAGAGAUUGAGAUUUAUAAAGCUGAAAAUCCUUCAAUUGAAGUGAAAGUAUACUUUCUCUUCUAUGAAGAUUCUACUGAGGUCCAAAAGUUUGAGGCAAGCAUACGAAGAGAAAAUGCAGCCUUUGAAUCUUUGAUAAGGCAGAAAUCACUAAUGAUGAUCCAAGUUGAUCAGGAUGGGCAUUGUACAGGACUGGAUUCUUCAACUGAUGGGCAAUCCAUACUUCCCCAAAAUGUAAUGACUAGAAAAGCUGGUGGUAAAAAGGAUCCACAGAAGGAAAUGCAAGUGAUAGUGGACAUGAGAGAGUUCAUGAGUAGUCUCCCUAAUGUACUCCACCAGAAAGGCAUGCACAUUAUACCGGUGACUUUGGAAGUUGGAGACUAUAUACUUUCUCCUCUGAUGUGUGUAGAAAGAAAGAGUAUACAAGACCUUUAUGGCAGUUUUGCAUCUGGUCGCCUUUUCCACCAGGUGGAAAUGAUGUCACGGUAUUACCGUAUUCCUGUUCUUCUCAUCGAGUUUUCACAAGAAAAGAGCUUUUCAUUUCAGUCUGCUAGUGAAAUUGGAGAUGAUGUGACGCCAAACAACAUUAUAUCGAAGCUAUCUUUGCUUAUUCUACAUUUUCCUCGGCUUCGCAUUGUCUGGUCCCGCAGUUUGCAUGCUACUUCUGAAAUAUUUACCUCUCUUAAAGCUAAUCAGGAUGAGCCAGAUGAGAUCAAGGCAAUUAGAGUUGGUGUUCCAUCAGAAGAUGGCCUGGUUGAAAAUGAUAUCAGAGCAGAGAACUACAACACGUCAGCGGUGGAAUUCUUGAGGCGUCUUCCCGGGGUGACAGAAUCCAACUACAGGGCCAUAAUGGAAGGGUGCAAAUGCUUGGCUGAUCUCUCUCUUCUUCCAAUGGAGAGACUUGCUGAGCUUAUGGGCGGCUGGCGACCUGCCAAAACUUUGAGAGAUUUCAUUGAUGCCAAAUAUCCAACUAUGCUCUAGCCACGCUCAGUGUUUUUUGUGAAAGUUUCAUUUCAUGAUCAACAAACAUGUUUUCAUUUGAUUGUUCUUUAUUUUGUAAUUGUAGAAUCAUUAUAAUUUAAUAGUUUAUUUAUAUUAUGUAUUAUUUAGGUGCAGAAUCAUAAAUUCUUCAUUUAUAUUCUAUAUUAUUUAGGUGUAGAAUCAUAUAUUCUUCAUUUCCAUCAUUACCAAUAAAGCCAAAGACUCGCUAUUUUUUGCUAGAGAAUAUGAUGAAAUAAAUCAAAUGACUCAUUAAAGUGUCUGCGCUUCUUUGGUAUGAAGCAA